ACCAAAAAGUGACGGAGCGCAAAUGGAAAAGCGCAACCUAAAACUAAAAAAAAAGUAACACAAUUUAAUGCGUUUAAUUUAUUGUUUACAUGGUGCACAGACUAGAAAGGCAUUUUUUUUAAAUUUUUUUUUGUAUAAACGAAUCUCUCACUCACUUGGUCAUUGAAGGGCCUGGAAAUAUCUGCUGAGUAGGUAUACAAAAAUCGAUUCGAACUUUCAGUUAUCAGUUAUGCCUCCCUAGACACUGGAGCGUUCGUAAUCGUUUGUAUUGGACUGGACCCAUUCUGCCUAUCUAUCCUGCUGCUGUGUAGCAAAUGAUGGGUGAACGUGAUUCAGUUCAGUGUACGAAGUGUGCCAGAGCAAUACUCCACAUUGUGCAGUAGGCUAUAAAUUAGUGCUCCCUUAAAAGAUUAUCAAAGGGUAUAAAAGUUUAAAAAUAUAAUCAUAUAUCACUCGUUCUCCAUCGAUUGCCCUAUGUCCACAUUUGGCCGCUGCUGGUUCAACACGACCGAUAAAGGAAAGCCAGUCUAGUUCCGUUCUGCACAUAAACGUAGUUAUAAAACACACAUUAGUCGGUGGUUGCAAAAACAGCCUCUACUGAGCCGAGAAGAGAACUCCAUUCGGACGAUUUGUGUAUAAGAUUCUCUGAAAUACCGAACGACGAUGUUAAACAGGUUAUACUAAAAAUACAAAUUCAUUAUAAUUGAAUCAUCUAUAUUCGGUAAACCGACCGACACAAUCCGAAACAAAUGCAGUCGUAUUAAAAAAAAAACACUACCACAUGGGCAGCGAAUGCUACACGAUCCUUGAAUACAUUUGAUACCACCUGAGACCGUGCGACCACGAGAGCGAGAGUGAGCACCACCAGCAAGGAAAUCAUUCAUCCAUCCAUCUGUGUAUUCCGAACGAAUACAUCGAACGACGAGAAAUCCGAGGGUGGUAAAAAGCAUCAACAACUCCGUUGGUCGUCUGUCUACGACCCGUACGAUUAAUAACAACCUACAUCGUAAUCAUAUAGGAGCAUAGGAGGAGAAGAGGCAGACUGCAUAAUAACACACCGUCUCGAAUCUCCCAUGUAGAGGAAAUUUGAAACCUCUCUUGGCUUACUCACUGAGAAAUAAUUUCAGACAGCAGAGUCAAGAAAAAAACGACUCGGACGGAAAUAUCACAAAGAUGUUGAGUCUGAACAUCAAAGAGACCCACUCAAUGGAACAGUUUUCCACAGGCAACCGUAGGAAGUAGAGUACAUAUUUGCUCACGACAAGCUAGCGGUAUGCACGUUGUGUAAACUGGGCGGUGUGUAUUUCUUCAUUCACAUAAAACGGCUGCGGGCAUUCCCUUCUCCUAUGGCUUCAGGUUUCCCCAUGAGGAUUCCCGCUUAUAAUGAAAUUUAAGCACCUCUAGUAAGAAUACACAGACUAUUCCAUCGGCCCUUUAGCAGACGUUGAAGUCGAAAACAUUAUACUGCGGUUUCGCGGUUGGUAGAUAACACGCUGCGAUUAGAUCGAUAAGCAACGCACCUACCAAAAUGCUUUGCUGUGAAAAAUCAUCGAUGGGUUCCGGUGGAUCCAAUGUUAUUCGCAAUGGUGCUGUUCCCAGUGGGCCAAUCCGUCAACCGGAUAGUCUGCUGGACAUUACCGCCAGAAUUGUAGCACUGACCGAGCCAUUCCAGAAGAUAGAAGAACGUUACGAUCGCAUACCAGAGCCCGUUCAACGGAGAAUCAUUUAUUGGUCAUUUCCACGCAACGAGAAGGACAUAUGCAUGUAUAGUUCGCUUUCAAGGGUAUCAUCGCUCAAUUCUGUGGAACCUCAAAGUCUUAGUUUCUGUGCUGGAUUAAAACUCGUGGAAUCCGGAUGUGUGGAGGAGGUUUUACAGGUUGGAUUCCAUCUUAGCGGAGUCGUAUGGAGUUAUCCACCCAAUCCCAGUCACCGCCAGUCAUUUGCAAGUACAUCACCAAUGAACCCAUCCGGUGGAAAUCGCAACGACCCUGCAUCCUACCAAUACCCCAACAUCAAUAACAAUCAUCAGGGGCACAACAACUACAUAGGAAACAACAAUCAUCAUCAUAAUCCUCACAACCAUCGGCCCUUGACACCACCGCCCUUGCAUCAGGCUCCAUUACCUCCCGGACCACCAAUUCCUCCCGGGGCUAUUGGAGUUGGGGGUCCUGUGGUGAUUCCGCCUCCGCCACCAGGGAUCGCCCAACCGAUACCACCGCAAUACAACAACAACAACCCAAAUAUUGAUCGUGACGGAUUCAACAAUAUAUCAACCUCGUCAUCUUCAGGCACGUCCAACAACAUCGAAGAGAACAAAAAAUUCAAAGUGUCAGUCAGCUUCGAUAGGUGCAAAAUAACUUCAGUAACAUGCAGCUGUGACACAAAGGACAUAUUUUGGUGUCAUCAUGUAGUGGCUCUUGCUUUGUACAGAAUUCGAAACGCUGAAACCGUAAAAUUAAGAGUUCCUAUAUCAGAAACGCUAUUACAAAUGAACAGACAACAGCUGCAAAAAUUCAUCCAAUAUCUAAUCUCGGAACACCACACCGAGGUCUUACCCACGGCUCAGCGAUUGGCCGAUGAAAUUUUACAACAGAAAUCAGAAAUAAAUUCCAUUUGCGGUGCACCCGAUCCUACAGCCGGCGCAUCCAAGGAUGACGAUCAUUCGUGGCAUCUUGACGAAACACAAGUUUGCGAAGCAGUUAAAACUUACCUCGGUCAGGGCAGCUAUUACUAUAGCAGUAAACACUUAAAUUCACUUUUUGGAAAAGUACGAGAAAUGUUGCGAGCACAAGAUUCAAAUGGAGCCCGAAUGCUUACACUUAUAACUGAGCAAUUCCUGAAUGACCCAAGACUGAUCUUAUGGAAAAAUCACGGAACACCAAUGACAGAAAAAUGUCGCCAAUUAUGGGAUCAACUAGGUGCCCUGUGGGUCUGCAUUGUAUUGAAUCCUAAAUCAACGCAUACGGAACGUCUCCAUUGGAAGGCUCUACUGGAAAAGUGGUCCAAGAGUGAAGUGUGUCCUCAAGAAGAUCCAGACUUGCGGACUUCUUCUAGAGAAAGCAUACGAGAGCGUUCAAAUCGGGAAAGAGAGCGGGACAGAAAUCGAUUUUUCCGUGAAAACAAUUUGAGAAAUAUGAUGUACUAUAAUCAGAAUAAUGUAAAUAUUAACGACCGUCGACAUAGACCGUAUAAUGAGCCAAAUAUGAAUGGACCAGUUCUGGAUGGUCCAAACAAUAUGAAUCAAAAUGAUAACUAUGAUAGUUCGGAAUCUGAUUCGGAUUCCGAUGAUGACAUGGAAGAUAAUAAUGAAGCGGAAAAUGCGGAAAACAAUGAAAAUGCUAAUCAAAAUGUGCCGAUCGAACCGAACCGUGAUAAUAUGGAAGAGGAUGUAGAUCAGGUGCACAAUAUUUUGCAGGACAUUAAUUUUGGUAACGUUGACAAUGAGGCUAGCAAACCAACGGAACAGAAUUAUUUGAAUUUGUUAAACGACAACAACAGUCUAAAUCAGAUUCUACCGGAAAACGAUGAUAGUUCUCGGGAAUCAAUGGACGCAGACAACGAUAACCCUUUACCUGGUCCUAGCGGCAUUGGUCCAAGUAAACAGACAAAAGAAGACAACUUUUUUGGAGAUAGUCCCUGUAUUUGUGGGGAAGACAAGUGUGAAUGCAAUCGCCCUGUAUUUUUCGAUGAGAUUAAACCAAACAAAUUCUUCGACUGUGAAGCUUCGAAUUUUAUGGUUACGGAAGAUGCCAACCAAGGCUGUGAGUCACUGAAAGUGAUCGAACACAACCUUCCACCUUCAGCGCUUGAAAGUGCUGAAAACAAAUUGGAUAAGCAUUGUGAUAUUUUAGCGAAAGGAAAUGUAUUAAGUUCAUUCGAAGAUCUUGCCAUUCCGGGGCCAUCUGGCUUAUCCAGAAUGUCAUUAGUUCCGACAGAUAGUGAUGCUGGUCCAUCGUCAUCUUCACAUUCGUCGACAGAUAACUGUAAAUGCCAUAAUAGUGGCGAAGGUAGCAAAACGGAUGAUAAACCUGCGAAAUCAGAAGAAUUCAAUGAAGCUAGUCAAAUCAGUGAGGUGAAAGAAAAUUGUCCAUCGGAAGGAGAAACUAGCAAAACAAACCAGGUCGAUGUAGAAGUUGAAGAACCUCAACCUGGUCCUUCGAGGGCUCCUGAAUGUGGCAGUAAACGUCCGCAAGCUGCUGUUAAUGAACGUAACAAUGAAAAUAACGGAAGACCUUGUAAACGGCUAAAACUAAAUAAUGGCAAUUGGGUUAGUAGAAAUACUAACAAAACUCCACGAACCAUUUUUCACAAAGCAUUAGAUGCAGUCGGAAUGACAUGGGACAAUGACCAUCUGAAAUACAUUUUGGAAUCAGAAAAUUAUUCUUUAUCUAGCCAGAACUCAGUUCAAAUAGCAGGUUCGAGUAAAGCAACCAGUAAUUGCACAACAUCUAAAUCUAACUUUAAUGGUUUAGGUCAGCCACUGUGGCAUGAACCGAUAUCGAUGACCGCUGCUCGUAUAGAUUCACUUCGUUCUCAUGGUCACGUGGAAUCAGCACUCCGAUUGUCGGUAAGCGUAGUACGAACUAUGAGAGAAAUUCAACGGGAAGCACAGGCGCUGUGGCAUCGGCAUAAGCCAAAGAUAGUAGAAACUAAAAUGCCGGAGCCAGUAUGUAGUUGUCAAAUGAAUAAGACUGUGGAUCCAGGUCCCUCAUCUUCGAGUGCUGCCUAUAACAAGAAUAAGGAAACACUUCAACAGAUUCAGCCCCCAAUUGGUUCGCUUCCAUCAACAUCUGGAACGGCAUCAUCAUCAUCAGCAACACCAUCAUCAUCAUCAUCAUCAUCAUCAUCAUCAUCGUCAUCAUCAGCAGCAGCAGCAACACCAUCAUCAUCAGCCACACCAUCAUCGUCUUCGUCGUCAUCGGGUAGUAAAAUCAACUGUCAAUGUCCAGCUCACCAAAAUCAAAUGCAACCUCCCCCGCCACCACCUCAGCAACAACAAUUCCAACAUCCUCAAAUGAAAAAGGAUUGCUCUAAAUGUCUACAGAUCAAGUGUUACUAUGAAUCUGUUGGUUCAGCUGGACACAGUUCUAGCUCGAAACACAACUACUACAAUAAUAUGAUAAGGAACAGUCGCGGAAGUGUGAUGUGUCAUUCUACUAAAUGUAAUCCAUUUAUGCCAAAUCCGGCUGAAAUGUUCCACAACCAACAACAGCCGCAUUGCAGCCGAGAUUAUCGCUACAUGAAAUUCAGUGUUCCGCCAGCCCAACACCACCCUCAUCUACACCAUCACCACCACCAUCAUCAUCACCAGCAGCAGCAACAGCAUCCUGUUCCACCUCUACUUGCGCCUCCUCAGGGCGCACAAAUUGGACCCCAUCAUAUGCAUCCCAUUCCACCCCCGCCUGCUGUAAUGCCUCCUCCAGCUCAGCUCCAUAACAACGAACAUUCCACAAUGGGGCCAAAAUGUAACUGCCCUGUUCACAAGGAUGAUCGACGUGAACCAUCAAGUGCUACUCAGGCGCCGCCACCUCCUCCAGGUGUUCCCAACAUGGGUCCACCACCAAUGAAUGUGGCCAUGCCAGGACCAUCAACCUCUUCUGCCGUACUACCGACACCGCCACCACCACCUCUAGCGCAAUAUCAUCAUCCAGAAAUGAUGCCAAAAUCUCACAUUCCGUCUUGCUCUCAGCAUGACAAAUCUCAGUGCUGCAUUAAAAAUAUGUGCUGCAAAAUGUCAGUUCAAUCUAAGCCAAUCGAUAAGCAAUAUCCUUCUUCUAUGGGACCACAGGCUUGUAGUUCUGGAGGACCCUCGUCUUCAAAUCAGUUCAUGUCAUCACCGGCACAAGGUCCACCAUGUCACUGUGCAAUGCAUUCAAAUCCUCAUCAUAGUGUGUAUGGUUCUAUUUUUAAUGGUCCUCCUCCACCACAUGUUAUGGUGGCGGCAGCAGCUUCCAUGCCAGGACCAAGCACUUCUCGUAGUGUUAUUAAACCUUUUGAAAGACACACAUCAGCAGCACCGCCGCUGCCGCAUCCUACAAUGGAAUGUGACGUACAUGCAGGUGUACUUGGAUGCAACUCUAAAGUACCGUCUAAAUCCCAAACACCUACUGCAUCAUCCAGUAGUACACAAUCAACGUGCAGUAAUCGGGAAUCAGGUAGUGGUUCGCUAUCUUCUUCUUCAAUGACAACUAUAAGAAUACAUCAACCUGAUUGUGCCAUUAAUAAAAAAUCUAUCGAAAAUAAUACUGGAAUAUCUAAAUCAAAAAGUAAUGCAUCAAAUAAUGGUAAUUCAGUUUCCAAAGCCGCUUCUGUGCUAGAACCUAUUAAAAUCAAUCGUAAACCAAACUGCCUGUCGAAGUGCAUCGACUGCAAUGUAGGUUGUGACGUUGAAUUUCCGCUAGACGCGAUUGCAUGCAUUUUCGAUUGCCUCACUGAAGCUUGCAUAAUGCCGGAGGCUAUGGUAAAUGAAAUCAGUCGCAUGGCUUUUGAAAUAGGAGCUAAUGGAAAUGGUCAAGGAAAUGGGCCACAGCCAGAAGACGUAAACAUUAUACCUCCUAAAUAUCGGCACAUUCCCGUUCCUGGCAGUAAAGACAAAUACGAAACCUACUUAACUUUGGCUUUCGAAGCAGCAAUACUAGCACUAAGUAAGCAGCGUAUUAUGCCCCAUGGAUUAUAUGCGCAACAUGUCAUUUGUAAACAACAAGAUCAACUCAUAUCUCGCUUAAGAAAUAUCGACCUAGACCAAAUGUUAAUCGAUGUGUUGAAAAAUUUAAGUAUUCAACUCUUAGAAGGGGGACCUACGAGUGGACUUGGAGAAAUGAUUCAUCCUGAAUCGGUGCCGAUGCAUACACUGGCCCGGUUUUUAUUUGCUUCAUUGCUCAAUCAGUAUCCAGAUCUUGCAUUUAACAUAGGUCUUAGGGCUAUGCGAUUCCCGAUAUUAGAGAACAUAAGCGAAGGUUCAAUUAAUGGAAUUGAAAUGCAGCACAAUAAUUUCAUGCAUUCGCCCUAUCCACGUUGGUGGACUCUAGGACAUCUCGAAACACAACAGUGUUCGCUUAGUUCAACAAUGUUGAGUGCCGCCAAAGGGGAUACAAAAAGACUUUCCGCUGUACUGGAAAAUGCUCGUAGGAAUAUCCAUAGUUCGUCGCAUUUAUUCAAGCUUGCCCAGGACGCAUUCAGAUUUGCAACACCAGAAAAUGGACCACGUAGCCAAACGUUGCUUGGUGUUGCAUUCGAACUAGGACUACAGGUGAUGCGCAUGACUUUGACUUGUUUGAAUUGGCGCCGCAGAGAAAUGGUACGCUGGUUAGUAACUUGUGCUUCACAUGUCGGUUUAGAAGCGCUCAUGUCCAUUAUGCAGAACUGGUACCAUCUAUUUACUCCAACAGAGGCUACCGGGCCAGUGGCAACUACUAUUAUGUCUCACUCGACGAUUAUGAGAUUGAAUCUUAACUUUAGGCAGCAAGACGAUUUAUCCAAUUGUGCUCGUACGUUGGCUUUGCAGUGUGCAACGAAAGAUCCUCCGAAUUGUGCAUUGAAUGCUCUUACCUUGUGCGAAAACGACGCAAUGGCGUUUGAGACUGCAUACCAUAUUGUAAUUGACGCAGCGACUCACAUCAUGACAUCUAGUCAACUGUUUACAAUUGCUAGGUACAUGGAACACCGCGGUUAUCCAUCCCGAGCUUACAAUUUAGCCAUGUUAGCGAUGAAAAAUGUUCAAUUGGCCUACAAUCAAGAUACUCAUCCGGCAAUCAAUGACAUACACUGGGCCUGCGCUUUGUCACACUCAUUGGGAAAAGCAGAAUUAUCUAAAAUGAUUCCAUUAGUAAUCAAAAACGUUCAAUGUGCUACUGUUCUAUCGGAUAUUUUGCGUCGUUGUAGUGUGCCCACACCAGGAAUGCAUAAUUUCAACGCUCAUGGUCGCGGCAACAACAUGCGACAGUGUAUGAAGCUCAGCUAUGAUCGAGAACCAUUGAAUCAACUUUUAGAAGCUGCAGUUUCAGCAUAUGUCAAUACUACACAUUCACGACUAUCGCAUAUUUCGCCGAGACACUAUAGUGACUUUAUUGAUUUCCUGAGUAAAGCUCGGGACACAUUCAUGUUGGCUCGCGACGGACCGGCCCAUUUUUCAAGGUUAAUUGAAAACAUCACCAUCGCAUAUAAAGGCAAGAAAAAAUUGGUUCGUCAAGUUAGGCAACGGUUUCAGUUUGUUUAAUGAAUGCACAAGAAAAAGACCUGUAACAUUUCAUUUUUAAACUUGAUAUUUUUUUCCAAUUUUUAGAUAGAAUAACAAAUUAUUAUCUAAAACUUUAGUUCAGUUCAGUUAAAUUUGUAUUUCUAUACAGCGCAUCAUUGCCCUUGUUAAUUUAUAGUAUAUCUCUCGUUGUACUUUCGUACCCAGUAUUAUAGAUGCUCUUCCAUACUUUGUUUCCAACUCUAUUUUGUUAUACAAACGGCCCUUUUUUUCAAAAUUAGUUAAUCACUGUUAGUGUGCUGUUUACUUAUUUUAGCUUUCUUUACAUUUGCAAAGCAAACAUAAAUUGUGCAAAAUGUUAUCUAGAUUCAGUAUGGGUGUACCAAACAAAUCCAAAACUUGUCUAUUCUGGUUUUACUACUUUGAAAUAGUAAAUUAGCAUAAGAAAUUAGGUUAUAGCCUUGACUUCCAUUUUAUAAACCAGUAGAGAAAAAUGAUGGAAACAAACUACUUACUAGCUGAUGUAUAAAAUAUUUAAAGAAAAUAAUUAUCAUAAUAGAAACACUAUUAUCUCUAAGAUACGAGUUACUCUUAACUACCAAAUCAAUCAAUUUGCGUUGUUGAUUGCAACGUAGAUGAACUGAGUUAGACUUAGCGCUACUAACUAGACAAACACAUUCAAACCAGAAAACAGAGAUACUUAUAGAAAAUCUGAUCAACACUCACAACACAACUAUCAUCUCGGGCUUUUCAUGAAUUUUUUGUUUCUUGACGAACUUUGUGCCACCGUUUCUGUGCCGAAAGAUUAGCCAAGAUUUCAGUUAGAAGAAGAAUCUAAUUUUAAUUUAGUAUAAAUUCAGUUUAGUUAAAAUACCUCAUUUAUUUAUAUGUUUUCCUAGGUAAAUUUACAACAUAAAGUUCUCAGAAGAACUAGCACAAACACGUGCCGAAAUGCUAAUAGAUUAUAAAAUUUAACAAAUAUCAAAAACUAAACAAUUAUAAACUGCGAAUGUAGAAGGAAACAUAACAAAUUAUACAUAAAUACCUGUAUGCAAAACAGCAUAUUUCUAAGCGUGAAAGGACUGUUUAAAAAGUGGAGUUUAUUGCCGGAACUACGAUUUCAGCAUAAUAUAAAAAAUACACAAACAUUAUCUAUAUGCAAGUAUUUACUGCCAAAAACUAAUCAAAUAAAUUCUACUGUAAAGAAGAAACAAAUGAAGUCAUAAAUAUAAAUCAGCUGAGUAUGUUACUACCUACAUCUAUAUAUAUAAAAAAAAAAUGUUUCAUUUUAUUCAUUAUUUUGCAAUAAGUUUUUUUUUCAGGCAAUGUCGAACUUUGCUAAAAAUUCAAAUAAAUUCCAAGCAAAGCUAGCAUUCUUUAAACAGUUUUAUUAUUUUUACCUCAGGUAUUUUCAAACUUUAAUUUCAAUAAAAAUUGAAAUAUUUAUCCAGUAUAAAAAUAAACAAAUAACAAUAAUUGAA